CAUGAGGCACCUGGAAUCACAACAAACGUGCCAAUGCCAAACAUUCUGCUCAAUGAAACCGGCAUCUUAAUUCUCUCUACGACAUGAGGUGUUGUUACCUGUAGCCAGCUAUGGCACCGGGGGAUAUGGUGCAAGACCAUGCCAAGCAGCUGAAGCCCAAAGACAAGCGACCCGUAAACAGGACAUCGAAAGCAGAUUGCGAGCCCGAUGGGUCCUUUGUCUUUGAGGCUCAUGAGGCUUGGAAGGACUUCCAUAACUCCCUCAGGCAUUUCUAUGAAGUAGGAGAGCUCUGUGACGUCACUCUGAAGGUUGGCAGUAGGUUGAUACCAUGCCACAAGCUGGUGCUGGCUUGUGUCAUCCCUUACUUCAGGGCCAUGUUCCUCUCAGAGAUGUCCGAGGCGAAGCAGGAACUAAUAGAGAUCAAGGACUUCGAUGGUGAUGCCAUCCAGGACCUGGUGCAUUUUGCCUACUCCUCCAAGCUCACACUAACUGUGGACAACGUCCAGCCACUGCUGUAUGCUGCCUGCAUCCUUCAGGUGGAGUUGGUAGCGAGAGCCUGUUGCGAGUACAUGAAGGCCCACUUUCACCCCACCAACUGCCUGGCAGUGCGUACCUUCGCUGAGAGCCACAAUCGUGUGGACCUGAUGGACAUGGCUGACCGCUAUGCCUGCGAACACUUCACCGAGGUAGUGGACUGUGAGGACUUUAUUUGCGUGUCUCCGCAGCACUUGCGCACAUUGUUGUCCUCCAGCGAGCUCAAUAUCCAUUCAGAGACGCAGGUGUACAAUGCAGCGGUGAAAUGGCUGAAGGCAAACCCGCAGCAGCACGAGGCCUGGCUGGACCAGAUCAUGUCUCAGGUGCGCCUCCCCCUGCUCCCUGUCGAGUUCCUGACUGGAUCAGUGGCUAAGGACGAGAUGAUUAAAGGUAACCUGAGUUGUCGCGACCUGAUGGACGAAGCCAGGAACUACCACCUGCACCUCAGCAACAAGGUGGUGCUGGACUUUGAGUAUUCAGUUCGCACCAUACCCCGUAAACAAACUGCAGGGGUUUUGUUCUGUGUGGGUGGCCGGGGGGGUUCUGGUGACCCAUUUCGCAGCAUCGAGUGUUACUCCAUCACGAAGAACAGUUGGUUCUUUGGUCCUGAAAUGAACAGCAGACGGCGUCAUGUGGGUGUAAUAUCUGUAGGAGGCAAGGUUUAUGCUGUUGGGGGCCAUGAUGGUAACGAACACUUGGGCAACAUGGAGAUGUUUGACCCCCUCACCAACAAGUGGAUGAUGAAAGCCUCUAUGAACACCAAGAGGAGGGGUAUAGCCCUGGCUGCUCUUGGUGGUCCUAUCUAUGCUAUUGGAGGUCUGGAUGACAACUCCUGCUUCAACGAUGUUGAGCGCUACGACAUCGAAAGUGACUGCUGGAGCGCCGUGGCUCCGAUGAACACUCCCAGAGGAGGAGUGGGGUCUGUUUCGUUGGGGAGUUUUGUGUACGCGGUGGGAGGCAACGAUGGCGUGGCGUCCCUGUCCAGCGUGGAGCGGUUCAACCCACACCUCAACAAGUGGACGGAGAUCAGCGAGAUGGGCCAGCGGCGGGCGGGCAAUGGAGUCAGCAAACUCAAUGGCUGCCUCUAUGUAGUGGGCGGCUUUGAUGACAAUUCACCCCUGAGCUCUGUAGAGCGUUUCGACCCACGACUGCACCGCUGGGAGUAUGUGUCUGAGCUGACCACCCCGCGCGGGGGAGUCGGCGUGGCCACUGUAAUGGGAAGAGUGUUCGCAGUCGGGGGUCACAAUGGGAACAUCUACCUGAACACAGUGGAGGCUUUUGAGCCUCGAAUGAACAGGUGGGAGCUGGUGGGCUCAGUGUCUCACUGCCGGGCCGGAGCCGGAGUCGCCGUCUGCUCGUCUCACGUCAGCCAAAUCAGGGACGUCGGCCAGGGCUCCAGCAACGUGGCCAACUGCAUGUGACCGCCGCUCCACUUACCACCAGGUGACCGACAGCCAAGUCACCACCCGAUCCGAUCACUGCACAAGCACACGACUCGAAGCACACACGCACACACACACACACACACGCACGCACACACACACACACACACACAAACACACACACACACACACACACACACACACACACACACACACACACACACACACACACACACACACACACACACACACACACACACACACACACACACAUACAGCGACGGAGGGACGUUCAAUAUUGUCACUUGUCUGAACAUCAGCCGUGGUCCGUUUUUUGGCUGAUAUUCAGUUUGCACAUGAUUGAGUGCCGGACGAAUAUAACGUCUUCUCUGACACAAGGACACAUUCGAGACAUUUCUCUUGACUCCUGCUGGUGUUUUUUUGCAAUCAGUGAUGUGGUUUAAGAAAGAAGAAAUGUACACUUUUAUUUAUCCCCGUGGGGACAUUUUUCUCUUAGUUAUUAAGGGGCAGUGGGCUGCAGUGAAGCGCCCGGGGAGCAACUGGGGGGUUCAGUGUCUUGCUCAAGGACACUUCGACAUGCAAACUAUGGGGCGAGCGGGGAUCGAACCGGCUACCUUGUGGUUACGGGACGACCACUCACGCCAGACCCAGACGUUUUUGUACUUUAUUUUCUUUUGUUUGUCUGCCUUGAGAUCAUUUUGACUUUUUGUAAGGCAAAAUAGUAGCUGAGCCUAUUGGUAUUUGAUACUAACAUCUCGGGAAUGAGAGGUGAGUUUAGGUUCAGAACUACGAGGUCAACUGCACAUUAUGAAUGUGGCCUGUAUACAGUAGGCCAGUAUGAGAGCAUUCCACAGGUCCUUUCUUUAAGACCGUCUCUGGUUUACUCGUUGGUUCUGCAGAGAUGUGAAAAACAAUCACUAGAUUAAACACAUUAAGUUGUUAAAAAGUUAACAUUUUCAUCAGUCAAUCUGAAAUACAAUGUUAAGAUGUCAAACAUAUUUCUAGGAUGUCUGUGAUCUUAUGCCAAGAUAAGUGAGAACACCCGUUAGAGCAGUUAGACUUUUUUUAAAAGGUGCGUUUCAGGAUUUUUCUAUCGGCAGUUCCAACUGCUGUAAACUAAGUCACAUUGCAGCAGUUUUAGCUGCAAUGUGCCUGUAAUUGUGUUUGAACAAUCACGUAAUUUGCUAAUCGGGACAAGUCAUUCACUGGGUGGGAGGCGACGAGCUGCAAAGUGCCAAACAAAAGAAAGAGCGUCAGCCGCUCUUGGAAGCUGUCGAUGCACAUCUGGUUCAACGCCCGCUGAAUCCCGAGUCGCCACCUUCACCUCAACAUAGAGCACGGUGCGACGACUAUAACCUAGCUGAGGGUCCAGGACUGAUCAGAGCAAUACGGUGCACCUCUCGAGCUCUUUUUUUUCAGUUUUAUUGUACAGAGAUCUGCUCAAACUGACAGGGACGGAUACUCAAAUUGAAGAUUUGUGUUUGACGAUAGCUGGACUGUCAGAAAUCCUAAUCAGAGCGCUUUCCGACGUGUAUGAGAUGCAGCUGAGGUUUGUCUCUGCAGAUGGUUGCGUUAUAUUUUAAUAUAUGGAUAUUUUGUAUAAUAAAAUAGGUGUAUCUUUGGUAUUAUCCUCUACUACACUAUCUAAUCCAUUGCUGUGCACUAUUUUCCUAGAAUAGAUGUGAAGUCUGAGAAUAUUUUUGUCCUAAAUGGAAAAAUGUCACGUUAAGUAAGUUUUAAAGAUGUUUAUUUAACACUCAUGCCUAUUUCUGCCAUUUCUAUGAAAAAAUUAAUAAUUUCUGGCAAGUGGAUUUUUUUUCUCAGAAUAGGUUGACAGAGUGAUGACUUUAAUACAGAAAUGCUAUAUAAGGUUAUAAUAAAAAAAAUAAACAUAUUAUUGGACCAUCUGUGUACUGGCAAUCAUACUUUUGGUGCUUAUUAUUAACCUGGUACAUAAUUUUUACACCAAAACUGAAAACAAACUUGUUUCCAGAAUGAGCCAGAAACUUAUUUUCUAAGUCUUUUGUAAAUCUGACUGUACUUUGUUCUUUCUCCUCCUGACUGCUUCCAUCCUGUGUGUUUUUGUUUACCUGGUAUCGGUAUGAAUUUGUACAAUAAAGUUAUGUGUCAAGUUUA